UCAAGAUAGCGAAAGGACGGAUCGAGCAGACAAUUUUGAACGCUCGCGACUCCAAACCGCCCGUAAUUAGUUCCGGUAACUUCUUUACAAAGCUGCCGCCGCCGCUAUGAGCUUCUGAUCGAACAAAUAAAUUUUCGUGUUUAACGCGACCUCCAAGACUCAGGUAUUUUUAGGCAACAUCAACGGCCGUUGGUUCCGCCGGCGGCCCCUCCUCAGCAUCCUCCAGAAGGAUCCGGAGAAUAGCAUCGGUGAGGACAGUUCCGGCUGGUCCAAUGUUUUAGUUUGAUUGACGCGGUCAUGACAAAGGUGUAUUACAAUACGACGAACCCGAACCAGCUGGUCGGGACGAAGCUGCCCAGCAUCAAGAACGUACCGCUAUUGGCCUUCGGAUCGAUAGGACUCACGAACCUGGCGCACCUAACCCUGCUGGCGAGCACCCUUGGCCAGCACAAGCGACCGAUAUAUGCGAUCAAGUGGAACAAACGGACAACUACGUGGGUGUGGACAAACGACCAUCAUCUGAAACACGUCCACCGGCCAAUGCACGCAGAUAUUUAUCUUCCACUCGGUGAACCAAUCGUUUGCAGCACGGAUCGAACCAAAUUCAACCUCCGGUCCAUCCAUUCGGUUGGAAGAUACGGAUAAAACAUCUCCUCGAAGCAAAAAGGGAAAUGAAGUUUUGGUAAUAUUACGAUAAUUUAAAAAAAUAUAUUCGUUUACAAUUUAAAUUAAUUUUUGUUUUUAUUCAAAUGAAAAUAAGAAAAAAUGGGUAUAAAAAACAAUGUUUGUUAAUAUGAUCUCCAUAAGCAUUGCCAUAUAUUCUGUACAUAAUUCCAUCUAUGAAUGUCAUAAGAUAACUCAAUGGAAAUCUUAAUUGACGGCUUUGUCAAAUUUCCCCUCCCAGCCAAAAGAAAAUCUUAUGACAUCCGAAUAAAAUCCUGAUGUCAAAAGGUCAUAAGACGUUCUUAUGGAUUUUGCUAGUACU